AUGCCCCCGUCUAACGUACAAUAUCAUGUUGAGCCCACACCGGCAGUUUCAUCCACUAAUGUAUUUCGAGACGAACUGUUCGUUGGCAAAGUCGUUUUCUGCACCGGGGGAAGUAGUGGAAUAUGCAAGGCCAUUGUGGCCGCGCUGAUGCGUCAUGGUGCGAGCGCUUUUAUCGUCGGUAGAAAUGCUGACAAAGCUCGAAUUGCUGCCUCUGAGCUGACGUGUAACAGUGGCAGGACAUGCGGAUACCAUCCAGCAGAUGUGAGGACGCCAGAUAACAUUAAAGAAGCUGUAAGGCGAUGUAUUGGGAUGUUUGGAAAGAUCGACUUUGUUGUGUGCGGUGCAGCAGGGAAUUUUCUCUCUACAAUUGAUAACCUAUCAGAGAAUGGUUUCAAGACCGUAAUUGAAAUCGACACCUUGGGCACCUUCAACACAGUAAAGGCGACUCUUCCCUACGUAAGGGAGUCAAGAGGCGCGUACCUCCAUAUAAGCGCCACACUUCACUAUCGUGGGACACCAUACCAAGCCCACGUAUCUGCGGCGAAGGCAGGAGUUGAUGCCCUCUCAGCUGUCUUGGCUGUAGAAGAAGGGCCAAGGGGCGUGAGAUCGAACGUGAUCGCUCCGGGUCCCAUUGCCGAGACUGAAGGCUACUCCCGACUUUCCACUGGAUCGGAAGAGACUAUCAGAGCGUCGCAGUCAAGGUAUCCCUUGGGUCGUGCUGGGGACCUUAGAGACGUCAGCAAUGCUGCAAUCUGGCUCUUCAGCCCAGCAGCUAAUUGGAUCACAGGCCAAGUACUUGCUGUAGACGGUGGAGAGUACCAUGUAACCAGUGGCAUGGUGCCCGAUUACCCUCAGAACGUGUUAGACCCCGACUCCAUGAAGGGAUUGAUAAAAAACACAAAAGGAGUUAGAAGCACCUUGGUACCUCAAGGGAGCAAGCUAUAA